UCCGUCAGUGUCUGUUCUUAGCAACUUGUUCAUACAGUUUUGCUUAAAAUUACUAUUUUCCGUAUUUUUUGAUAGUUUGGAAGCAAUUCUCAACAACCAACAAGCAACAUGAUUUCCGAUGUUCAACUAGCCGUAUUCUGCAAUGUUCUUGGAGUGUUCCUCUUCCUUCUGGUCGUAGGAUAUCAUUACAUAAAUGCAAACAUGGGAAGAAGCACUGGUCUUGCGAAGCAUAAAUGAAGAUCUGCUGGUUGCCUCAAGCAUUAAUUAUAAAUCUACAACCACAACAUACCCUUUUCCACAUAAAAGCAGAAUUUUAUCAGGAAAGUCUUAGCAUGUAAGUAUGGAUAGCGUCUUGAAUAAAUACUGAAAAUUGCAAAAUUAUAAAUGUA